AUGGUCGCUCUCAGACUUCUCUCUGUUCCUAGUUUCGAGUUUGUGUCUUCCGAUUGUUGACAGUUGUCGUUUUGAGGAGGGUAAGCAAGCACGAACACUCUUGUGUCACACGCUAAACCACGUUGUCUCGUAGUCAGCGGAACUGGCUUCGCAACUGCCACUCGUAUCCCGCGGCUCCGUUGAGGCAGCUGUGUAUCCCAGCGGUCAUCGUUAUCCGCGAAGACAGAUGGAAUCGCAACGUCGUCGUGAGAUCACAACGGAGCUAGGCGAGAAAAUGAGUAGAUCACAGACAACUAUGACAACGAUGAAUGGGAAGAAACCUUCCUCAAUACCUUCAAAACAUCAAUCAGAAGCAGUAACGCAACAUUGUGAGUUGAUCAAGUAUAUUUUAGACUCCUGGAAUUCUGUAUCUAGAGAACUAGAUAUGUCUCAUAGUCAAUCACACAGUAAUUCCUCGAAUCAUAAAAAUGGAGCAACAGUUACAUAUUAUCAAGAACAUGAGCCAAAUCCACAUUUAAAAAAUUUUAAACCAUUCAAUUUGGAAGCAUAUUGGGGACAGCGUGUUGUGCAAACCAUUACUAGGAAUUCAAAAUCCUAGUGCCAGGCUCAACACGCUGAUUAUAACCGAAUAUUCUUAAAUCGACACAAAAAACAGAAAAGAUAAAUUGAUAAAUAGACAACAAAUUUAAUUUUAAUUCAUGUUUUUAAGAAACACUAACACUUUGACAACACAGUUAGAUAAAACAAAUAUGAUAGUUUAUAUAUUCCUGAUAAGGAAUACGAAUGACAGUGAUAUAAAAAUAUGACAGUAUAAAAAAGAAGUAAAAAUACAGUGACAGCUUACGUGCACUUUUUUGCACGUAUAUUGCGCGGACAUCAACAUUCCUUUUUAUCUUCGAUUGUAUUUUACUUUUGUAAUAAUUUUAAUCUGUUUCUAACGAAUGUGCGUUCAAGAAAACUCAGAAAUAAGCAUUUUCUAAUAUUUUUUUUAUAAAACAAGUAGUAUGUUUAUAAUAUGUAGGACACAAGUUACAGUAUAUAACUAUUUAUUUUAGUUGCCAGAAACUAUAAAAAUAUAUAUUAUAAUAUAACAUCAUAAUAUGAUGUAAUAUUGUAUUAUAUGUUUAAAACAAGCUACAAACUCCAUAAGGAUGUAUAGAACAUAAUUAUAUAUGUACCAUUUACUAUAAUAUCAAAUUUUCACGUUAGUUAAACAUUUAAGAUAAAUACACAUCUUUUUUAUCUCGAUAAAAAACAUUGUUAAACAAAACAAAGUUUCUGCCCAAUGAUGCACAAGCAUUUGCAGAGUGCUCAAGUUUAUUUGAUAAAAAUGCAUAUAAUAGAUAAAUUUUAGAGAGAGACUGUACCUUUUUAGAGUAUACGUAAUAAAUGUACUUUUUCACAUGCUGUAUUUUACACAUAAGAUUUUUCACUAUCACGUCCACAAAUUGAUUGCACUAAGUAAAACUAGUUAGAAUAUUUUCUACUUAUUGGAAGAGAUUAUAGUAAUCUGUGAAAUAAUCGGUAUUAUGCACUUGAUAUUAUUAAUUAUUGUACGAAAUAAUGUAGUAAUUCUGCAAUUUCAAAUAUCAAUGUGUAUUUAUAUGUACAUUUAUGCGUGUAUAAUUGUAUAACUUCAAUCACACAUAGAUAAUGUUUUUAACGAAAACAAAAUAAAACAAGCGCGCUAUGUCUUUUUA